GAAGACGCCAUUUUUGUCACAUGUUCAGGUUUUCAUCUCACAUGACCUCUUGUUUGGCCCCGUGAUCAAGCUCUCGGUGUCUCCAGGCAAAUUCAAACCUUACAUUGGAUAGAAUAUCAUGGAAAUGUUAGAGCAAGCUCUUGAUGCAAGUCAAGACAAGAGCAGUGAUUCUGCCGACCAGGAUGAGCUGCGUCUGACAGCAUCAGUGGACACAGAUCUAGUGUGCAAGGUCAAACAGGAACUGAACCAACUGGAGAGUUCUGGCAUGGAGCUCUCCGGGACUGUUGAGGCAGACCUAGAACAUGCAGAAGAGCAGGCGGCAGCCAUCGCCAGCGUGCAGCAGCAGGCAGGAACCAUCACCCUGGACCCCACGCUACAGUACCAGCUGAGGGCCGACAAUAAUGUUGGUGAGUGGCUGCUUUCAGGCUGGUACAGGGCUGUCAUCCAGAGCCCGUUCAGCAAUGGUGGGAGCCCCACAGGGGAGACGGCUGACGGCCGGUUCGCAUACUUCCCCACGUCCGUGGCAGCAGGGGACGGCACGGUGGUCACUCAGGCUGGGGACCCGGUCACUGCAGGGGCGGCUCUAGGUCCGGUGGCCACCGGAGGUCAGUUCUAUGUGAUGAUGUCACCACAAGACGUGCUCCAAGGCCAGCGACAGAUCGCCCCUCGAACCUCGUUCUCCCCAAAGAUUGAAGGAGGCCGGUCCACCAGGGAUGACAGGAGGAGAGCCACACAUAAUGAAGUGGAGCGUCGCCGUCGAGACAAGAUCAACAACUGGAUUGUUCAGCUGUCCAAGCUGGUGCCAGACUGUGCCCAGGAGCCCAUCAAGCAGACGCAGGCAAGUAAAGGCGGUAUCCUGUCCAAGGCCUGCGAGUACAUCCAGGAGCUGCGCACCACCAACAACCGGCUGGCCGAGAGCCUCAAGGACUCGGAGCGCCUCAACGUGGACAACGAGUUGCUACGGCAACAGUGUGAGGAGCUGAAGCAGGAAAAUGCUGUCCUGCGCUCACAGCUGCAGCAACACGGCAUUGUGAUAGACAUGGGCCCUACUGCUUCCUAGCUGUGACAUGGCUGGGGGGGGGGGGGGGGGGGGAGAGACACGUUUGUGUGAGAGAGUGAGAGGAGCGGAGGUUUGCAAUCUGCUAUGGAAUUAGAGAAUUGUAAGUGAGGUGUUUGAUGGAUAUGUUACAAAAUGAAGGGGAAGUGGAGGGUGGAUGUUUAGAAGUUCUGACAAGCAAGAGGGUAUGGUGUUUGGAAGAUGUUGCAUUGUUUAGGGGUGGGAUCAUAUUGAGUUGUUCCGUGGAGGAGUCGCAAUGAAAUAAGAGACUUCAAGAUGCUAGGGGGAGGGGAGACAGACAGCAGUGGAUUGACAGUACAUGCUAGGUUUGAAUGUUGAAUUUAUGUUAGGAUUUUAUAAUGGCAUUUCUUACAAAUCGUUUGUUUAUUUGUACAUUGUAAUUGAAUUCAUUUAGUGUUUUUUGUAAGCAAUGAGCCCCCACCGUGUUGUGCUCAGGAUGAAACAGCAAAGCAGAAAGAAAGAGAAGACGUGCACUCACAAAUGCUUUUUCAAUUUGGGACAUAGAUCAGAUGUGACAUGGAGUUUUUAUUGCUCUCUUUUUCAGCUCAGUUUGUUCUCAUGGGCAGAGGGGGCUGUGGGUUUAAUGCAGUACCUCAGGGUCAGCAUUUUGUUACACAAAAUUCUGGGUCAUGGCACAUAAGUAAAUGGGUGGGGGACAGGUUCUUGGACCCCCAUUUUGGUUUAUAUUAUAAUGAGAGUUGAUUAUUCUUGCUCACAUACUUUACAUAAAUGGCGUAGUAUUUUCUAUAUAUAUAUAUAUAUAGAUGUGUAUGUGAUGUAUAUUUUUUACUAACCAGCGGAUUGUACCCACCAAUACAAUGUCAGAGCUGUGUAAAUGCUUGCUAAAUUGUAUCAUUGAGGGAUUAGUAGGAAAGGUUUUUACACACACACCCCCACGUAAUUUGUGGUUGGUUGAGGACUAGGGAGCGGGGUUCGUCACUGGUAGGUCUUUACUUUUUUUUUUCUCUCCUCUGUUGUUUCUUUCUGUUCAUUUU